AUGGCCUCCUACUCCCUUUUCUGCAUGGGCAAUCCCCUGCUCGACAUGCAGGUCACCAACGGGGAGGAGCUCCUCAAAAAAUACGACCUCAAGGCGAACGAUGCCAUCCUCGCCGAGGAGAAGCACAUGCCUAUUUACGACGAGCUCGUGCAGAAGUACAAAAUAACCUAUCUCGCGGGAGGUGCUGCUCAGAAUGCAGCAAGAGGGGCAGCCUACGUCCUGCCUCCCGGAUCCGUGGUGUACACGGGGUGUGUGGGAGACGACGAGCUCGCUGAGCAGCUCAAAACGGCUAACAAACGCGAGGGCCUUGACGAGCGCUACCUCGUCAAGAAGGGCGAGAAGACGGGUGCAUGCGCGGUCAUCAUCACUGGGCACCACCGGUGUCUGGUGACUACCCUGCGCGUGGCGGAGAAGUUCGAGAAGGAGCACCUCGCUUCGCCGGAGGUUGCGCCCUGCAUCGAGAGCGCAAAGGUCUUCUACGUGGAGGGCUACUUCCUCACACAUGGUGUCGAGUCUGCGCUCGAGCUCGGAAAGAAGGCGUCGGAGGCAGGCAAGGUCUUCGUCCUGAACCUCUCCGCGCCCUUCAUUCCGCAAUUCUUCCAAGUACAGCUGCAGCAGAUCAUACCCUACUGUGACAUCAUCAUUGGCAACGAGGCCGAGGCUGAAGCAUGGGCGAGCGCCAGUGGCCUUCCCGAGCACAAGGAUCUCUCGAAGAUCGCUGCCGCGAUCGCCACGAUGCCCAAGUCGAACCCUUCGCGCCCGCGCACUGUCAUUAUCACGCACGGUCCUAAGCCCACCACAAUUGUGUCCGGCGCGGAGCCCGACGCGCCCAAGGUCGUCAACGUCAUUCCUCUGAAGGACGAGGAGAUCGUCGACACGAACGCUGCGGGUGAUGCGUUCGCGGGUGGAUUCCUGGGUGCAUAUGUGGUUGGGAAGAGCUUGGACGAGUGUGUUGAGGCCGGUCAUAAGCUGGGCUCGAUGUGCGUGCAGCAGGUCGGCCCACAAUACAAAUGGCCCAAGGUCCAAAUCUUGUGA